AUGAAUGCGCCCACACCGGCUGCUCAGCUCGAUCCAGACGAGGUAAUGGCCGCCAUGAGGGCACGUGUACAAGAGAUGGGCGAAGCCGCGGUGCUACAGAGGAGAUCUCCAGAUGAAGUACAGCUUGUCGAGGAGGUUUACCCUGUCUUUUCGGAAGAGAUCGCCUCUCGAGCUGGUGUGUACGCGGAGCCCGAGCAAGACGACGAAGUGGCGAUGAACGAUCAGGAGCAAGAAUUUGCCGUCGAUGAACUAUUCCAGGAAGCCCGGCGACGACGUCAUAGCCACGGAUACCUUUCUUGGUCUGAGCUUGAUAACCCCAAUGUCGACCCGAUGGAUCAUGGCGAAGCGAAUGCGAACAAUGCGCGAACUCGAGGAGACAGCAUCGAUACCCUCUUUGUGGAACACCCUGAGGACGAUGGUAUAGAUAUUGAUGCCCUCAUCAGGGAAUCCCUUGAGGAUGGCGAUGGAGAUAUCGAAAACAAUCGCUCCCGAAGCAGGGCUGCUUACCCCGUCGUAGUCGAGGAGGGCGACAGCGAUGACGAAGAUGCGCGCCUUUACAUGCUCGGUCCACCAUCUCGUCGUCGACACCAAGCACGGCGAAACAUGCAAAUCCAGCGCGAUCACCUACGAGACGCCCUCUAUAGUCGUGUAAGUACCAUGUCUCAGGUCAGUCGUGCGAGCCGAGCCCGCCGUGAGCGCAGGGCAGACGCUAGGCACCGUAGAGUGCUCGAAGGGCUGACCCAAGAAAUGGGUCCGGAUGACGAGGAAGUCCAGCCAGGCAACAACGCAGGAGCUAUACCAGGCUCACACAUACCGACCGGCUUAGACCUCCCCCAGGGCUUUGCUAGAGAUACUGACCCCAUUCCUUGGUACGCGCCCACAAGUCCCCAGCACGCACGUUUUGGCACUCUACCAGACGUCCUUUUCGGACGCAGCCCUACCCCCGGCCCAGGCUCACCUCUGGACCCGCGCCAUCGCUCAGCCUCUUCGGCUCCGAUUGCGGCUCGUGUUUAUGCUCCUGCUCUUGCGCCCGCUCCCAAUGCCGUUCCAGCCCGGAGGUCCGACCAUCUUACCGUGGAUGAGCAAAUCCAAACGGCACGUAGUAACAUCAUGCGGAAUUACCACUACGUGGGCGAGUUCGCGAACGUCGAAACGAUAGCGCAUGAUGGUUGGUAUCAUACGGUUCUUCAGAGGCACCCUGAUGUUCUCGUGGAGGUUCAGGUGCGUGCUGAUGGGUACUGCAUGAUUGGGGAGCAUGCUAUUUUCUUCCGGUUCCGUCGCUGA